UAAGGUCCCUAUUUAUUACUGACAGAUCAGUAACCAAGUAAUUACUGACUCUAUCCCAAGCCCAAUUUAUUAGCAUGUCAUCUUUCUUAUUCUUUUCUGCUACAGGUUUUUGAGAAUUAUUACAAUUAUGUUAAAAAUAAUGAGUUAUUUUGCAGAUAAAAUGGAACUUAUGAAUUAGCUACGUUCAUGGUGGAGACAAAAUUGAAUCUAUCAUAUCCAUAGGUCUAUUUGCUCCUUAAAAUUGUAUUGAUUUUACUAGUUGCAACUCCAAGUGUUUUUUUUAAUGGUGAAAAUGCAUUACCAAGAAAAUACACCAGAGGUGUAUACAAAGUACACAAAACAUAAGGAAAAAUGAGAAAUGAGGGGACACCGCCAGUUCGCCGAGGGAAAAGAAAAACAAAGGAAGAAAGUGCAGGGAAAAACAUAACUGGAAAAGCAACACAAAUAAAACAAAACAAAGAUGUUCAAGAAGAGGGACAUGUCUGAAGUGCAGGGGGUUGCAACUCCAAGUGUUGAGAGAGAUUUUUCAGCUUUGGGUUACAUGAAGAACAAGUUUCAGAAUUGAAUAGACAAUAAGUUCGUGAAUAAUUGUCUAGUGUGAUAAAUUGAAAGAGAUUUAUUGAACACUAUAGACAAUGAGUAUAUUUUACCAAUUUUUUCAAAAUAUAAUAAUACUUCAUGAAUUUUUGUUGUAACUUGUACUAGUCAGAUAUUUUCUUAUUUAAGAUUUUUUCAAAUUUUAAUUAUUAUUAUAAUUUAAUAAUUGAAAGGGACACCGUGUAUACAUUUCAUGGGUCUGCCACUGACGACAUAAGCCUUCCUCCUGUCAUGUCAGCAAAAUACCACUAUGUUGAGAAAUAGUUGUAAAAUACCGCUAUUUAAAAAAAAUAUUUUAAAAACGUUUAUUUUUAAUAUAAAUCCCCAAACAAGGCAUUCAUAAAAAGUACCCUUAAUUAACUGAGAGAAAGCUUAAAAAAAGCAAUUAAAGAAGGAAAAUCAAACACAGCAUUUGGAAAAUGUAACUGUCCGUCAAAUAAUUAGAAUUAAAUAAACGAAAGUUAAGGAAUGCAAUAGUCAUAUAUAGAUGCGAUAAUAAUUUACGGAAUAUCAUUUCUCGCCUAUAAUCAAGGAGAAGUUAUGAUUUACAUGAGUAUGUUAACAAAUUCUCUUCUAUAUAUAUAGAAAAGUUGAUACCCUAGUUAUCAUAUCACCCUACCUCGGCGAAUACCAUACCACACACACUAGGAAAAAAAACAAGUUCAGCGAGAAAUCAAUUACGAUGAAGACCUCAUCAACAUCGACGGCAAUUUUCUUUGUCAUUACACUGAUGUGCCUCUGUCUUGGGAACGAGGUAGUAGCUUGGCCCCGUCAUAAUCCAGAUGAGCCUUGGGAUCCAAAGCAUUACUGCAAAUUCACCUCUUUCCCUGAAUAUUUCGUGCGCGGCCACCACUGCAAGGAGGACCGGAUUUGCGACAUCGCGUGCAACGAUAAGUUUGGUGAUGAACUUGGGCUGGUAGUUGUUGGAAAAUGCGAGAAACAGCAGUGUGCAUGCUUCGCGUUAUGUGCAGUGCCGUACGGCCAUCACUAAAUUACGUACCAAGUGUCCAUGCCAUGCGGCGGCUAAAUAAUUUAUGUGGCGGCCUAGUUAUAGGAGUUAUUUGUUGGUAGGGUAUUUCAUGUGUUCCUGCUAUUUUUAUUUAUUGGUGAAAAUAUUGACAAAGUGAGAUCCUAGCUAGCUAGUUAGCUAGUCAAAGAAAACGUUUAGUAAAAGUUCAGUUAGUUUAUAAGGAAAGCUUCGGUUCUGUGAAGGCUGAGAUUGAGAUGUUAUUCAUCCAUUUAUUAUAAAAAAAAAAAAAAAAAAAUUGGGUUCUGUAAUUUCUAACGAUCUUGUUAAUUAUUUCAUUUUUAUGGAUCGGAUUGAGUGCGUGGUUGGAUAAUAUGAUAUGGAUGUGUAAUGGAUUGAUUAUUGGAUAGUAUGAUCCAAUUAUUAUGAUUUACAUAAUAUUUGGUUGUGCUCAAACAAAUAUGGGUUGGUUUUGCAAGUUGGGUCACUAUAAUUAUUGAAAACAUUCACGUUUUGGUUGCUAAAAAUAUUUGAUUACAUUCAACGUUCCAAAAAAUUUUGGAAUCCCCUUGAAUUGUUGACAGGGCAGUACGAUGGUGAUUGUCGAAAGGUACUUCAAAGGCAAUGUACAGAAUCGGACAGAGGAGGGAAUGGAAAAUCGAACUCAGCUAGCUAUUAUUUUAAUUUUGUGCCUGUAUCUAUAAGGUGGUUUCUAAGUUUGAGAUGAUAUUUAUUGCAUUAAUAUUAUUUGUGGUGUUUUUAGAAGUUCUGGUUAUCAAAAUGUAAUUAAGGGCUCGUUUGGAGAAUUGGAGUCUAAAUUUAUAGAUUCUAGACAAUCCAAAGAUUUUAACUCUCAGGAUUGUUGAAAAAAGAUUUGAAAAUGUUCAUUGUUUGGUAACUAUGAUUGUUAACAUCCAAUAAAAAAAGAAAUUCUAUUUUUUUAUCACAUAACAUGUUUAUCCUUAACCAAAAUAAUUAGACUGGCUCGAAAAAUAUUGAGAAUUCAUUUGUAAGGGAAUUUAGUGAGAUAAAUGAAAAAAAACAAGAGAUAUAAUAGGAGGGAGAAAAUCACCAAAAUCAAGAUAUAGAAUCUCUCUAACUAUGAGAGAUUUGAUAUCUCUAGAUUUUAUAGAUUUAAAAUCUCUGAAGUUACAAUCCACGAUACAAAAAGUAACAAAAAAAAUAACAUUUUUCUAAAUCUAUGGAUUCAAUAAAUCCACGAUCCAAAUCUUGUUCUCCAAACGGCCCCUAAAAGUAAGAAAAAAAAUAGAAAGGUCAUUUUCCUUAGAUUUUGAAGGGUGCAGAUCACGGAUUCAGCCUGAGACUAUUCUUUAGGGACGAAUAAGUCUAUUAACACCGAUUCGGGCGAAAAAUAUCCGGGGCAAAUUUUGCCAGAUUCCAAAGGGGUAAGUACCAUCACCGAUUUCAGGCGAUUUAUUGGAAAUGCCAUUUUCCUUGGAUUUUGAAGGCGAUGGAUCACAGAUUCGGCCUUAGGGAACUCUCCACCAAUGAUGAAGUCUAGUAAUGGCCGAUUUGGAUAAAAAUUUUGUCGAAUU